GGUUCACGACGCUCCUCGCCUCAGUGUUGAUCCUGUGGGGUAUUGUAUCUUCGGAAGCUGUUUAGUGACGGAAUUUUGAGUCCUAUAAGGUGUUUGAAGAUCUCGCAUCGCUGGGUACAUCAUGUCGGCCAUUAAAUAUAUUGGAGGAUUGAAGGCAUAUCUGGCCGCAGGGGAAUGUGUAAACGAAAGUUCGAUCUUUAGACUGCAUUAUCAGUUCACUGUAGUGCUUUUAAUUGGUGCAUCAAUUUUGCUGACUGCCGCAGAAUUCUUUGGUUUACCCAUUAACUGCAUUACAAACCUGGAUCAAAAGAAUGUCAUCAACACGUAUUGUUGGAUACACUCGACGUUUACUAUACAAGAUUACUAUUUACGGGAGAGAGGAUCCCAGGUGGCAGAGCCUGGGGUUGGAUCUCCUCAAGGUUACGAUGAAGAGAUAGAAGCCAAGUGGCGUUUUCACAAUUACUACCAGUGGGUUGUCUUUUUCCUAUUCUUCCAGGCUUUCCUUUGCUACAUUCCAAAGUUUAUUUGGAACACUUGUGAAGGUGGCUUGAUGGCCACCAUUGCCAAGGGGCUAAACCCAGGACUGCAUAGAGAGGAAGAAGUUACCUCUCGCAAGAAGGUUAUUAUUGACUACAUUGUAAAACAUAUACGGAUGCACAAUGGCUACGUCUUCAAAUACUGGUUCUGCGAGUUACUGUCCUUUGUGAAUAUCAUUGGUCAGCUGUUCCUUGUUGACAAGUUCCUAGGAGGAGAAUUUCUUACUUAUGGCCCAAGGGUAAGUUCAUUUCUCAAUAUUCUUAAUGAGAAGGUCUUCAUCACUGUGUGGUUUUGGUAUGUGAUCUUGGGUACCCUUUUGGGGGCUCUCAUCCUAUACCGCAUUGCCCUCUUUACCCUGCCUGGCUUGCGCCCACGAGCAAUGCACAAGCAUAAUAAGGCUGUCCCCAUCGAGACUGUUGAAGCGAUCACAAAUAAAACCUCCAUUGGUGACUGGUGGAUCCUUUAUGUUUUAUCAACAAACAUUGACCCAUUAGUGUACCGGGACAUCAUGACAAGGCUCUCCAAGGAGAUAGAGACUGCCAACAGCAACUCGCCUUAUAACAGUGCAGGACUAUAUUCAUCUUCAUCUGUAUGAAUGUUGGAGGACAUGGACUGAGGGCUGUCAUCCCGGCUGAAGGUGCUUUAGCUUAUCUGUAAGCAGAAGCUAGAACUGUGACAAGUGAUACUCAAAUUUCAUGGCCUUUAUAUGGUGCUGUGUAUGGUGUGCUUUGGGAAUUGCUAAUGGUACAAUCUGGAUCAAGAGUCGAUUUGUUUCUCUUCAGAGCUUAGCAAAAUCUAUGAAAAUGAUCAAAAAGGCAGAUGUUCCUUCUUCAUAGGAUUUUGGCUAUUUGUAAAGAUGUUGAAUUGGUUCAAAUCUUUAAUAUUACAGGUUUGUAAAGGGUCUUUAGGAUGUUCUAAAUCUCAGCUCUUCAUCAAUGCCAUACACCACCCCCUUUUAUUUUAUUCACCAUUAAGCAUGUAUUCUAGCAUUACCUCAAUAAAGCACUCUCAUUCUUUUCAAAUUGUGUGGCUUUUUUCAACAAGAAGAGAUGCCUAUAGUACACAUUUGUCCAACAAUUAUAUUUUUAUUAUUAUUAUUUUAUUUUUAUUUUUUGCAAGUGUUUGUUGAUGUGUUGUAAGAUUUAUAACAAUUUUAAAUGUACUACUUUACUUAAUGUGGGGACGAUUUAUUGGAAAAAAGAUUUGUAUGCAAUAGGUCACAAAGUUGAUUGACUUUUUGUAUCUAAGUAAUUGAUGAGAAUAAAAGUAUUCCAUUUGGAAGUUGACUUGUGAUGUAACACAAUAAUUUCGAGAAUAUCAACUCUGUAGCUUCAGCUCUACCAGCAGACUCUGUUGUACUACUUUGAUUGCAGAUUGUGUAACUUUCUAUACUCUCGUUAAAUUUUUUUAUGUAAUUAGUCUGUGAUUCAUUUAGGUUUAAUUUUUCAUCAACAUGAAGUUACAUCAUGCCCUUCAGCUGAGCCUUGAUGGCACAAUUGUUCUCAUGUGUCAACUUUUAUGAUUAGUUCUCCUUAAGUUAGAGGUGGGCUAGCCAUGCUGCAUGAGGGUGACAGCCACCAGUUCUUGUCAUAGAUGGUUCCUUUUUUGUGUGAACUGAUCCCUUGAUGCUUUCAUAGUAAUACUGAUAUAAAACAAAUGUUUUUAUGUUUUACUGUAUUUGUAAUUUUAUGUUCCAAAAGUUUUCAGCUAUUUAUUUAUUUUAAAUGUGAUGCAGUAAUGCAUUCGCCAAGGCCCUUCACAAAUAGUUGAUUUUACCAUAUGAAGAUUCUUGGAACAUUGUUUGAGCAUAGGUAUUGCGGUAAACUUACACCCUUGAUCUAUGGAGUUAAUAAGAGAAAUGUCUUGUGAAGAUUGACUGUGUAGCCUGCGUUUACUGAGUGAGAGGGCAUGCAUGAUAUUGAAUGACUGAUUUAUAUUGGUUAAUAUUGCUAAAGUUAAAAUUUCAGAUAUAGUAUUGGUAUUUUUGUAUUAUUCUGCUGAAGAUUAUGUUUAGGGUACCUUAGUUUGAUGGCAGCUUUAUGUCUCAGGGUUAUUUCCCUUAUCACUGAUGACAUAAAUGUUAUUGUAGAGAUUGACAGAAUAUACAUGUUUUUAGUCUCCAAUUGCUGGAGAAUGUCAUAGUAAUGCUCUCUCACUGUAGCAAGGCAUUUGUGAAAAGUUUGUAAAAUAAUUUUAAAUGCUGCCUUUGCAGCAUAUAAUUUUGAUGGGGAUUCAUAAUCUUUGAAAACACACGUGAUGAAAUAAAUGAAAUUUGGGUUAUUGGGGCCUUCACUAUAUCUCAUUAUAUUUUUAUUUCAGACCUUUACAAGUAGUUGAAAUGUUAUAAUAAAAUAUGAUAUAUUUUCAUAUCAACACCUAAGUAUACAUAGGUCAGUUAGU